CCGCCGUCCAUGGAGCGCUUCGCUGCUGCCUUCGUCUUCCCGGAGGGCGAGGCGGGCGGGGGCCCGGCCGGCGGAGGAGGAGGGGGCUUGGGCGGCGACCGUCCGGCGAGGCAGCAGGCGCGGCACUACCAGAUGCUCUCGGAGCUGCAGGCGCUGGUGAAGCAGCUGCCCAGUUCUUCUCAGCAGAGGCUGUCCUACACCAUCCUCAGCGACCUGGCCUUGGCGCUUCUUGACGGGACCGUCUUUGAGAUCGUACAGGGCCUGCUAGACAUCCAGCACCUGACGGAGCGAAACCUCUACAACCAGCGGCUCAAACUGCAGACGGAGCAUCGAGCCCUGAAGCAGGAGACCUUCCGCAAACACAAGGAGGACCAGCAGAGCUGCCAGCCCCACAACCUGCCCCUUCUGAAGGCCGCUCAGCAGCGAGAGAUGGAGGCUGUGGAGCAGCGGAUUCAUACUGAGCUACGGAUGAUGGAUGAGAAAAUAGUCUUGGAGCUGGAUCAGAAAGUGGUGGACCAGCAGAGCACAUUGGAGAAAGCUGGCGUCUGUGGCUUCUACAUCACCACCAACCCCCAGGAACUGACGCUCCAAAUGAAUAUGCUGGAGCUCAUUCGGAAACUACAGCAACGGGAAAUGCAGUCCAGGCAGCCGUUCCCCUGAGGGGGGACCCAGAGGGGAGCUUCUCCCACCAUGCCUGGCAUUGGCAGGAAACACGGGUGACCAUCGUGUGGGGUUUAUUUAAGAGGUUUGCCUCACAAAAGAGCAGGACAAAGCUGUAGGGUGGAGGGUUGUACUAGAUGACCUACAAGGUCCCUGCCAACUCUGUUCAUCUGACUCUAAGGCCGAAGGAGUUCAGAUCGAGUUUGUCUUUGGUCUUUCUUAGAACAAGGGUCCCGGGUUGUUGUUUCUUUUUAUAAUGUUUGAGGAAUUUCCAAAAUACCUACAGGUUGAUAUUUUGAAAUUGUAAUAUAGGAGAUACAGGCUGUAAAAAGGCAAUAAACACAAUUUAUUUAUUCAGUAGAUUUCUAUGGCUGCCCAUCUCAAACACAUGAUUUCAGGUGGUUAACAGUAUUCAAAAGGUUAAAAACAUAUUAAAAAAUGGAAAACAUAUAGCAGCUGGGGUGGAAAUCAACAUUUAGCCCAAGCAAGAAAGGGGCUCUUUCAUUCCAUACCACUGAUUACUGAUAAAGUUUUGUCCUUUAAUUAAAAUGUUUAAUUCUUCAAAGAUGCUAUUUCAAUAAAUAUUGGACCCUUUGGUAUAUUUAAUAGGCUAGUGGCAUUCAGGAAUA